UUGGCUGUUCGGAUCUUCUCUAACAGGCCACUGGCCGAGACAGAUGUCCAUCAGAGCGGUUUUCCCUUUGGACAGAAAAGCAUCCGCACUCUUGCUACCGUCAGCAGUGCUGCAGUAUUGUUAAAUUGUUCUAUAGUUACAGUGUAACCACCUGAUUUUUGUUUUUGCACUUUGGCUACAUUGAAACAUUCUUGCAGGUGAAGGGAGGUUCGAGUCAGCGUGGGACAUAGACAGUGAUGGGGCGGGACAGCCAGAUCACAACCAUCAUGGAAACAGAAGAGGACGUCCCACAUCCUGCUCAGUUUAACGAUGACACUGCCGCGUGCUCCGUUUCUGUAAAAGGCUUAAAGGAGAACUGGCAGAAGUGGUCUGACGAGCACUUGGAGCACCAGAAGCACAACCCCUUCAGUCACGACACCAGGCCGUGUGUGGUGGUCCCUCAGAGGGGGCAGGACCACUAUGGGAGACCCCCGCAGGGGUCCAUGACGGAGCAGCGGGGGAAGGAUGCUCACACACACAUCAGCAGAGAGGUUGAGGAGCUGUGUGAAGUGAUAAGGAACAUUGGAGAGCCAAGAGACAAAGAUGGGGAUGGAAGUGGCAGCGAAGGCGGAGUUAUCACUGUGGAAUUUGGGAAACUGUUUGAGCAUUAUGUGACGAUCUCUAAUAAACUGGUGGGGAUUCUUCUAAGGGCGAGGAAGCAGAGGCUGGUUGACUUUGAAGGGGAGAUGCUGUGGCAGGGGAAGGAUGACCAUGCAGUUGUCACUCUGUUGCAGUGAUCAGAAACUUGGAUUGGUUUUUAUGCCUUGAUUCAUGUUACAUACACGCAGUGGCAAAUAUGAAGCUAUAUCAUGGCAGCACUCACUGUGGUAUUCAGAUAGCAGGGGGACUGCAGUAAUUGUGCCUUAGUCCCGUAAUGGCACUCUUGUAGAGAAAACACUACCUUCCUGAGGAGUGUACAUUAGGCUUACUAAUGCAUUUUCUCCACAUGCUAAAAAAACACACAAUGUACUAAAACUGUUUCUGAAGUGCAGAUACAUGCAGGGGCUAGAAAAAGUCAUGUACAAACCUGAAAUGAAUGCAGUGACAUAAUUAAUCACAAUAACAAACGUUACAAAAUGUGGGUCAUAGCAGAUGAAAUGCCGAUUAGCAGCAUUUGUCAGAAAGCAAAGAGGUUACUAUCAGCAUGUUGGCACAUGAGUUUUCAAAGCAAUUAACACUAGCACUUAAAAAAGGCCAAACUGGUUGUACCUAAAAUGCAGGUGCAUCAGAAUCAAUCAAAUAAUUCAAUAUCAAAUAACAACAAAAUCAUAUGUCAAAGUGAAUGGAAUCAUGACAGGAUAUGCACAAUUAAAAGUUAAACACAAAUAAAGAG